AUGUUUUCCCUCGCGCUUUUCACACUAUUAACGCUCAAAGUUCAUGCGCUCCCAGUGAUCUUCGGAUAUCACAGUGGCUCCAAAUCAGACUACCAAGUCGCCAAACAUCCCACGGAUGCGGACGACAAUGCCCUUUUUGUCGCUGGCUUUAACAAACCGCUGAAACGUAAGUUUUAUCUGCGUUUGUGUUGCUAGCAAGCUUUCUUCUCAUUUUUCUUCAAAAAAUUUUGAUUUUUCGCAAAUUUCGGGGGAAAAUCAACUUGGAUAGUGGCUGAAAUCCUUUCCUAUAGAAAGUACACAUCACUGAGCCCACAAUAACAUAGUCAAGUCGCUAUGAAAAGCCUUAUUUUUUACUAAUUUCCCCAAUUUUCAGGCCCAAUGUCAGUUCAUGGAGAUGCGGUCGCGUACAACGUUGACGAGAAAGAUCUUCCCAAUUUCAUCCCGGCGGACGCCAACAAACUCUCCACCACCUCUUCCACCCCCAUCGACAAGGACAUUCACCCGUCGUAUCGUGAGGUUGUGACCCGCUCAACUCGAGGCCAUGAGUACCUCGUUGUUGAUGAGAAAACGGAGAAUUCGGUGGAAGAGUGCUACGGAAACGCAAAGCUGCUGCCACGCAAGACGGUCAGGAAGAUGAACAAGAAGCGGAGAAAGCUGGCGCAGGCCAUCCGAAGGCUGAACAAGCUGCAGCGCAGCUUCUGUCUGAAGAAGCGUAUGCACGAGGACGGCGAGAAGUGCGCUGAAUGGCGGACGGAAAAAAUGGCUUUAUAUGUCAAGCUAAUGCAGCUAACUCAUUGCAUCACACCGACUGUUCGGCCCUCUAUCUAA